AUGCUGGUAUGCUCUAACAGGGAAGAGACGAGGGAUCAUCUGCUGCUCACUUGUGACUUCAGUGUGGAUAUUUGGAAACUGGUUCUAGUAAGACUCGGGCCUUCUCAGCAUAUGUUCAGGUCCUGGGCUGAGCUUCUAUCCUGGACCAGUUUGAGUUCGGAAUUGGCACCCUCAACGCUUAGGAAACUAGCUGUCCAAACUACAGUCUACCAUCUCUGGAAACAGAGAAAUAACGUAUUGCACUAUCACCUAAUGAUUCCAGCUCAAACCAUCUUCAAGUCAAUUGACUGUGACAUCCGUAACUCCAUCACUGCUCGACGUCUUAGGAAGCAGUUUCGAAACUUAAUGGCUCUUUGA